CUUAAAAAUUUCGAGUUUUACUAAGCCGAAUAGCGAGGAAAUGGAAUUAAGUCGCUCAGCAAAGGCAAUGGAGAUUCGUUUGUGUAUGUUCGUUGCUGAGCACAAUUUGCCAUUUACUGCUUUGGACCAUUUGGCAAAAUGUAUUAAAACGGUAAAAGAUUCACGCAUAAUUUCAAACCUGAGCAUAAAUAGACAUAAGGGUCAAAAUAUUAUAAAGUCAGUCACUGGUCCUGAAAACUGCAGACAAAUUUCUGAAAUAACAAAACAACCAUAUUACUCCGUGAUCAUUGAUGAAAGCACUGACAUUUCUAUGGACAAAAACUUAGCAGUUAUUAUUAGAGUUUUUACGAACAAAUGUAGAGAUAGAUUUUUGGACUUUGUUCAAGUGUCUGAUUCUUCUUCCGCCGGAAUGUUCAAUGCCCUUUUAAAAGUUUUGAAUGAUCAUGAUAUUCCGUUGAGCAAUCUAUUGGGAUUUACGGCAGAUAACUGCGGUGUCAUGAUGGGCAAACGAAAUGGCGUCCAAGCAAAAUUAAAAGAAAUUUGCCCUAAAAUCUUUGUUAUUGGCGAUGUAUGCCACAACCUUAAUCUAUCGUCCGAGGCAGCUGCAUCAGUUCUUCCACAAGAAAUAGAAAAGUUAAUUCGCUCUAUAAAUCACCACUUCUGUCAUAGCGCUAGUAGAAAAAUAGAGUUUGAAAAUUUUCAAGAAGAUUUUGGAAGUGCGGUUCAUAAGAUUUUGCGAUUUAGUUCAACACGAUGGCUUUCGCGGCAGAUUGUAGUUGAACGGAUAUUGGAGAAGUGGAGUACUUUACAAUAUUUAUGCAAUUUCGAAGCAGGAUUUGGCAAUGAAAGUAAUAAGUUUAUUGCAAGUACCCUUUCAGAUUCUAAUAUAAAACUGUACUUCUAUUUCUUGUCGUACGUUCUUAAAGUUAUAAACACUGUUAACAUAGAAAUGCAAGCGGAAGAGUCACACAUUCAUGUUUUAUAUCCCCGCUUGACAUUUCUUUUUAAUCAAAUAUGCCGCAAUUUUAUAGCGAAAGAAAAUAUUUGUACCAAUUCAAUAUAUUCAUUGAAUUUAGCCAACCACAUACCUAUUGAAAACAUUUUUUGUGGAACGGAAACUGAGCUGUUUUACACUGACCAAAACCUAACAGCAUCGGAAAUUUUUCAAUUUAAAAAUAACAUUUUGAAAUUUUAUAUUAAAUUUUGCGAUGAUUUAAGAAAAAGAAUAGAUUUUAAUAAUGAAAUUUUAAAACUCUUACCGUCAAUUGCGCCGAAGGAAGUACUAUCUGGUAAUAUUAAUAGCAUUUUACCACUGAUUUUAAAAUUGUUUCCCGAAACUGAAUUAAAAAAAAGCUGAACAAAUUAACACCGAGUAUCGAGCAUUAGCCGAUUAUGCAGAAAUUAAAAAAUCGAAAACCUUCCUGUAUCUGAAUUUUGGACUGAAGUCGGCAGAAUAAAAAAUGAACUAAAUCAGCCAGUAUUUUCAAAUAUAUUUCGCGUUGUUCAGGGUUUGCUUGCUUUACCACACUCCUCUGCUUGUAUUGAGAGAAUUUUUUCAAUUCAGAACCUAGUUAAAACAAAGUGUAGAAAUAAACUGGCGCUAGGCACAUGUGCCGCAUUAAUACAAACAAAGGACUUAAUUAGAUGCAAUGAAAGUUCUUGUUUUGAUUUGAAAGUGGAGACUUUACUCGGCUACCGUCUUCAAAAUAAAAACCUUAAUGAAAAUGAAUUAAUUGACUAAGUUCUAUACCGAAAAAAAUAUGCACCAGCU